AUGGCAUCCCGACCCGCGCCGAACAGGCCAAAAUUGAGUUGUUGGUUCAGAGGUCCGGGCCCUGUGUAUGGACUCCCCACGCUCGUCGGCUACGAGAAACACGACCCAUCGAGGUACAGAAACCCAGCGUACACAUUGCGGAAGCGGUUGACGGGUUUCGAGAGGACAGUGGGCCCAGGACCCACUUACGAUGUGACGAAAAUGACGAGGAGAGGUCUGGAGAGGCCCCCGGCAUUCUCUAUUGCAGGACGACAGGCCUUGAAAGGAUAUGAUUUGGGGCCUGGGCCUUGCGGAUAUCGUCCGGAGAGCUGUCCCCCCAUGAAUCAUGCUCCUCGGCCUCCAGCCUAUUCCCUAAAAGGGAGAAUAACCGAUAAAUUGAGAUCCGACAUUCCUGCGCCUAAUGCGUACAUGGUCCCUUCGUGUUUGGGUCCUAAUAUACCGGAUAAAAGAGCCUAUGGAGCGUUCACUAUAACUGGCCUGCACGAUCUGAGAAAAAGAACCCUGGGACCUGGUCCCGCAGCGUACGCCUUCAACACAGACGUCGUGAAGCGAAAAUACCCCGCAUUCUCCCUCAAAUCGCGGACGAAAACUUUCGGUCAUGCCGUUGGUCCAGGCCCUGCGCAUUACCCGACUUACAACACGAGAAGAAAUCCCCCGAAAUUCUCAUUCGGUGUGAAGCACAGUGAAUGCGCACCCCCUGCAAUCACACCCAUGGAUGAUGAGUAGUUUAUCCAUUCAUUUUCAUUUUUAAGGAAAUAUACGGAAUAUGACGGAAAAGCAGAAAAUCGUAGCAUUAUUCUUAUUGCA